AUGAAUUGCUUCCUCUUAUUAACUUUAAUCUGUAACUCUGUUCUAGACAGGAAAAAGGACCUCAGUAAAAUGAAGAGUCUGCUAGACAUCUUGACUGAUCCCAACAAAAGGUGUCCUCUGAAGACACUGCAAAAGUGUGAAAUUGCACUAGAAAAGCUAAAAAACGACAUGGCAGUGCCCACUCCUCCUCCUCCUCCUGUUCCCACAGCAAAGCAGCAGUACUUAUGUCAGCCGUUACUAGAUGCUGUCUUGGCAAACAUCCGCUCUCCUGUGUUCAACCAUUCCCUUUACCGCACCUUCAUGCCGGCCAUGACUGCAAUUCAUGGUCCAACAAUCACGCCUCCAAUAAUUACGUCACAGAAGCGCAAGUAUGAAGAUGAUGAAAGGCAAACUGUGCCUAAUGUUCUUCAAGGCGAAGUACAGAGACUCAAUCCUAGGUUUCUGGUAAAUUUGGAUCCUUCAUUUUGCAGUAAUAAUGGGACAGUUCAUCUCAUAUGUAAAUUAGAUGACAAGAACCUGCCAAAUGUGCCUCCAUUACAGUUGAGUGUACCUGCAGAUUACCCUGAGCAGAGCCCUCAGUGGAUAGACAAUUCAAGGCAAUAUGAAGCUAAUCCCUUCUUGCAGAUGGUUCAUGAAAAUAUGACUUCAAAGUUGCUGCAGCUACCUGACAAGCAUUCAGUCACUGCAUUGCUUGACACCUGGGCUCAGAGUGUCCGUCAGGCCUGCCUUUCUGCUGCCUAACUGCAUCUUAUGAGGCAGAAAUAGAACUGUGACACAGUGCAUUCUUUCAGUAUGGCUUCUUCCCAUUACGUGAUCCUUUGGAAAGCAGCUGAAGUGCAAGUGUGUUGCUUGGGAGGUGUUUGUUACUCAUCAGAUCAUUCAUGCGGCGAUAGUUACGACUGUGACUACAUAUUUUUGUGGGCAAUUUGACACGAGAAUGGUAGACAGCUGUAACAGCAAGCUGGGUCAGAACUUGCUGCAGGGUGUACAAGUCUCAAGUACUCCUUUGUGUUACCUGAAAUCCUUCGUGAUCGCUGUAUGCGUUCAAGGUAAUAAAUGGUCCACGGAAGAGCAUUGGAGGAGCCUCUUUUCUUUGCAUCUGAGAGUUGUCAGAUGUAUGUAAAUUAGUGAAAUGUACUGUAAUCAUUGAAGUUUUUUAUGAAUGUGGUUUGGGCAAAAAUUAUUCCAAAGAGCAUUUUUUUAGGUUAUUUUUACUUUGGUAACUUCAAAUGUCAUUUAUGUAAGAAUUAUGAAUUUUGUAUGUGAAGUACAGAGAGAUCUGUUAAUGUCACAGAACACUAAUAAAACAUACUGCUGAAAAUGA